CCCCGAGCCAGUCAGCGUGGCUCCCGGAACGGCACCGCAGCCGGGACAGCGGCAGCCUGCACUGCACCCUCACAUCUGGGACCGCACUGGACCUGAGUACUCAGUGCAAGGUGCCGCCCAGCUGCAGCCAUGAGGAUCCAUAGCCUGAUCCUGUUUUUUCUCCUCCUGGGCACUCAGGUGCUCUUAGCAGAGGGGAAAAAAAAAGGAAAGAAUGAACAUCACAGUAAAGUGGUCUCAGAGCAAAAGGACACUCUGGGCAAUUCCCAGAAUAAGCAGAGAAACAGGACAGCCAAGUCCAAAGGCAAGUUUGUCACCAAAGACCAAGCCAACUGCAGAUGGGCUGUGACUGAGCAGGAGGUGGGCAUUACCCUCAAGGUGCAGUGCACCCGAAUGGACCGUGAGUUCUCCUGUGUCUUUGCUGGCAAUCCAACCUCGUGCCUGAAGUUCCAGGAAGGGAGGGUCUAUUGGAAACAAGUUGCCCGAAGUCUGAGCUCACAGAAGGACAUUUGUGGACAAUCCAAGGCUGUUCUGAAGACCAGGGUAUGCAGAAAGACGUUUUCAGAAUCCAAUCUCAAGCUGGUGAGCUCCAGUCUGCUUGGGAACGUGAAGUCCAGGAAGGAGAAAAUAGAGCUGUCUCCCAGGGAGCAUCCCAAGGUCAAAGAGGGCACCACCUCCAGACCAGCACUGACCCAGACAGAGCUGUCUCCCAGGGAGCAUCCCAAGGUCAAAGAGGACACCACCUCCAAACCAGCACUGACCCAGCCCACGGCCGCCAAAGCUGGGGAGUGUUUGGAAGACCCGGACGUAGUGCAACAGAGGAGGAGCGCCCUGGAGUUCUGCGGGGCGUCCUGGAGCUCCCUCUGCAUGUUCUUACUUAGCAUGGUACAAAGCACGUCGUGCUGAUGUCGUGUCCUAAGCCCCUGUCUGCUGUAAAGCUCUCCACGUUCCCCGUGAGAUACGAACUUUUCUACUAUGAGAGGACAGUGGAAUAUUUAAACAUAUUUUGUAAUGUUCGUUUUGUUUUUUGGAAUUUGCUUUCUGUUCACUUUCUCGGAUGUAAUUUUUGGAGGCCGCUCAGCCCACUGCACAUUUGCACGGCUGUGUAGCACGCAGCGUGGCGUGUAGCAGCACAGGCCUGUCUUUGAGUUGAUCAAGCCAGAGAGAUGGUUCCUAUGCAAAGGACUUUCCGCCAAAUUGACAAAGCUAAUAAAGCUCUGGGUGUUUUCAAAAGAGCAGUCACCCAUUGU